AUGGCCAUCGCGCGCGCCGCCUACGCCGUGUCGGUCGACCUCGCGUGGGAUCCGAUCAGGCUUGCGGCGGGCGCGUUGGCGGCGGCGGAGGUCGCGCACGGCCAAGCCUCAUUGAUCGCAGCCCUCGACCUCUCGGAUGGAUUGGUGGAGUGGCAGCCUCCUUGCCCGUCCCUGGCGGUGACGCUGUCGGUGGCGCGGGGCAUCGCCAUGGCCGAGUGCUUCGGGCCAAUGGGCGAGGAUUCUGGCGUCGGUGACGAGUUCCAGAUAUUUGUCCGCACGCUCGGGGGGGGCACGCUGGCCCUGGACGUGUCGGCCAGCGACGCAGUGGGUAGCGUGAAGGACAAGAUAUACGCCAAGCGCUGCGUCCCAGUUGAGCUGCAGCGCCAUGUCUUCGGGCGCCAGGAGCUCGAGGACGGCGGCACGCUCAGGGAGUACAGCAUCGAGAAGGUGGAGAUCAUCCCGACUCACGACCUGAAGUGGGUCAAGUGCGAGGUGGAGGUGGGCGCGCCUCAGGUGGACAAGAUCGAGAUCGCCGUGCCGCAUCUCGUCGACCACGUUCUAUCCGAGGCGGCGAGCUGCGGCGGGCGGGGGCAGGCGAGCAGGAGUGGCAAGAGCUACGGGGCACAGAGGGCCGAGAAGAAGAUCUUGGAGGAGCGCAGGGCGAAGGGGGAGGAUCCCGAGAAGCUCUCGAAGUGCUUCAGGGCCAGGGUUCCCGAGUGGGACGACGGGGUCAAAGCGAAGCGCACGAAGAAGGAGAUGAACAGCCGCGGCUUCGCUAGUCGCUGA